AUAAAGCUUAUGAUUUUCACAAUUGGGGCCGGGGACGCCUUCGGUGUGCUGAACGAUAUAUUUCAACAUGAUCACUAUCUAGGGCUUGGGAAUGUGAUUUGUGAAGCGAUAAGUAACUCACCACUAUCUAGUGCUUCCUAUAAAUAUCAUUAUUUUCUUUACUGCGAAACUUCUUUUAGUGCAUAGAGUUUGCUAGGGUUUCUGCCUCUCUCUCCCAUUCUCUCUCAUCCCAUCCGCUGCAAUGGCCGUCUCGUUCUCCGAUCUCCAUACUGAAGCUGGUCUCAAAUCCUUGGAGGAGUAUCUCUCCGGGAAAACCUACAUCUCUGGAGAUCAACUCACUAAGGAUGACAUCAAGGUAUAUGCGGCUGUUUUAGGGAAGCCCGGGGAUGAGUUCCCGAAUGCUAGUCGGUGGUACGACUGUGUUUCGUCGCAUUUAGCUGCAAGGUUCCCUGGCAAAGCUGCUGGAGUGAGAACAGGUGGAUCUAAAGCUGCCCCAGCCGAGGAGCCUAAAAAGGAUGCUGCGGAGGGAGACGAUGACGAUGAUUUGGAUCUCUUUGGUGAUGAGACAGAGGAGGACAAAAAGGCGGCAGAGGCGAGAGAGGCUGCUAAAACAUCUACAAAGAAGAAAGAGAGUGGGAAGUCUUCCGUUCUUCUGGAUGUGAAACCUUGGGAUGACGAGACUGACAUGAAGAAACUAGAGGAAGCUGUGCGUAGUGUUGAGCAGGAAGGUCUUUUCUGGGGAGCAUCGAAACUGGUGCCUGUCGGAUAUGGGAUAAAGAAACUUUCGAUCAUGAUGACCAUCAUUGAUGACCUUGUCUCAGUGGACAACCUCAUUGAGGAUUACCUCACAGCUGAGCCCAUUAAUGAGUACGUACAGAGCUGUGACAUUGUUGCCUUCAACAAAAUCUGAGGGGAAGUGAAGUGAUUAUUGUAAUCCUAGGUUAGUUAUUUUUGUUUGCUCUCAAUUUAAUUUUCUUGCUGUUUUAGGGAUCUGUUGUGGUCAAAAUACCUUUUUAAAUUGAUGAGUGUUAUAGCCUACAUAAACAGUAGUUUCGGCUUAUUAUCCAGUGGCAACUAGUAAAUAUUUCAUCUCAUUUAAGCCAUUAUUACUUGUUUAUGAAGAAUUCCUUUUCUUUCA